AUGGAACCAGAUAACCAGACAUGGGCAGGAGAAUUCAUUCUUCUUGGCUUAUCCCGUUCCUGGGACACUCAAGUUUCCCUAUUUGUCCUGUUCUUGGUCAUGUACCUGCUGACUGUCCUGGGGAACUUUCUCAUUGUUCUCCUGAUCAGACUGGACAGCCGACUCCACACCCCCAUGUAUUUCUUUCUCACCAACCUCUCCCUUGUUGAUGUCUCUUAUGCCACAAGCAUAGUCCCUCAGAUGCUGGUGCAUUUUCUUGCAGAACAUAAAGUAAUCCCAUAUGCAAGCUGUGCAGCCCAGUUAUUUUUUUCCCUGGCUUUGGGUGGGAUUGAAUUUGUUCUACUGACAGUGAUGGCCUAUGACCGCUAUGUGGCUGUGUGUGACCCCCUUCGAUACUCAGUUAUCAUGCAUGGAGGGCUGUGUACCAGGUUGGCCAUCACGUCCUGGGUCAGUGGCUCCAUCAACUCCCUCAUACAUACUACCAUCACUUUUCAGCUUCCUAUGUGCACUAACAGGAAUAUUGACCAUAUAUCAUGUGAAAUUCUAGCUGUGGUCAGGCUGGCCUGUGUGGACAUCUCCUCCAAUGAGGUUACCAUUAUGGUUUCUAGCAUUAUCCUUCUGAUGACACCCUUCUGCCUGGUUCUUUUGUCCUACAUCCGAAUCAUCUCGACCAUUCUAAAGAUCCAGUCCACAGAGGGCAGGAAGAAAGCCUUUCACACCUGUGCCUCUCACCUCACAGUGGUUGCCCUGUGCUAUGGCAUGGCUAUUUUCACAUACAUCCAGCCCCGCUCUAAUCCCUCAGUCCUUCAGGAGAAAUUGAUUUCCCUCUUCUAUGCCAUUCUGACACCCAUGCUGAACCCCAUGAUUUAUAGUCUAAGGAAUAAGGAGGUGAAGGGAGCCUGGCAGAAACUAUUAAGAAAUUUUUCUGGAUUAACAUCAAAACUGGCAGCUUGA